AUGUCGUAUACAAUCCUCCUGAAUGGUCGGGAACACGGUUUUAUCAGACCUGAACGUGGGAUUCGUCAAGGUGAUCCAAUGUCCCCAUUUUUGUUCAUCAUGUGUGCCGAAGCACUUGUGAGUGUGUUGAACAACGCUGAGCAUAAAGGCCAUCUACAUGGUAUCCAGCUUGCAGCGGGAGGACCUUCGGUUCAUCACUUAUUGUUUGCUGAUGAUAGCUUGUUACUAUGCCAAGCUAAUCUGAUGGAGAGUGUUGAAGUUCUCCGUUGUCUUAAGCUCUAUGGCCAGGCAUCUGGGCAGCAAAUUAACCCUUCGAAAUCAUCAAUCAUCUUUGGUGAUAGAGUUGAAGAGGGCAUCAAAGCUGACAUCAAACGAAUUAUUUCAAUGGAUAACGAAGGUGGUGAGGGUACCUACCUUGGCCUCCCUGAGGUUUUCAAAGGCUCAAAGAAAAAUAUUUUGAACUUUAUCAGAGAAAAACUCCAUAACAGAAUCCAAGGGUGGUUUGUUAAAUCUCUCUCGCUAGGGGGCAAGGAAAUCCUCAUCAAAUCUGUCGGCCUAGCCCUUCCUGUAUAUGCGAUGUCAGUCUUUAAGCUUCCUAAAUACCUGUGUGCGAAGCUUACGUCUGCGUUAAGGGAUUUCUGGUGGGGUGAUGGAAGUGCUAGACGUAAACUACCAUGGGUAGCAUGGGAGAAGCUCUGCCAAAGCAAAGAGAAUGGAGGCAUGGGAUUUCAUGAUAUUGAACGCUUUAACCAAGCGUUGCUUGGGAAGCAAGCAUGGCGGAUCCAUACAAACCUAGAUUCUCUGGUGUCUCGAGUCCUGAAGAGCAGGUAUUUUCGGAAUGGUUCAUUCCAAGAAGCAAGUAUUGGCACUCGCUCCUCCUAUGCAUGGAGAAGCAUCCUUCAUGGAAGAGAAGUUAUGAACUUGGGUCUGGUUAAGCAAAUAGGAGAUGGGAAGGAAUCGAAUGUCUGGUCAACAAACUGGUUACUUGAUACCAGUGCACGGCCUCCUAUGUACAUGCAAGAUAGCAUUGUGGAUCUCACGCUGAAGGUUUCUGAUCUCUUUAUUCCUAACACAGAUCUAUGGGACAAAGAGAAAGUGAGAGAUACCUUCACACCUGAAGAUGCUGAGCGUGUUCUCAAGCUCAAACCAUUGUUAAGCAGACCUGAUUCUGAUGUUUGGGGUCUUACAAAUCAUAUGGGUUAUACUACGCAGAGUGCUUACCAACUCCUAUCGGCGGUCCACGAUCAAAACAACCCCACACAUACAUCGCUCCCUCCGGUGGAACAACAAUUGUGGAAAAACCUGUGGAAGAAAAGGAACUCUGAGUUGGGUAAUUUCAAGACCUUUCCUUGGAUUCUCUGGAAUUUAUGGAAAUCAAGGAAUGAACUCGUCUUUGAGAACAGUAGGACCUCGCCACUAUCAUGUGUCACUAAGUCAGUGGAAGAAGCUAACAUAUGGUUCCAAGUGAAUGGUGACUCAGGCGAUCCUGUACAAACUCCAGCUCAGCCCCCACCGACGUCCCACCAAUGGGAAAGACCGCCUCAGGAUUUCCUGAAAUGCAAUAUUGGAUCAGCUUGGGAUCACAGGUAUGGUCUGAGUGGAGCAGGGUGGCUGGUAAGAGAUCAUCAAGGCAUCGCUAUAAAUCACAGUAGACGUGCUUUCGUAGGCUCUAUGUCGAAGAGGGAGGCGGACUUAAAGUCUCUACAUUGGGCGGUAGAAAGCAUGGUUAACAUGAGGCUUAACAAUGUGAUUCUUGAAGCUUCUUCCAUUGAGUUAAGAGAGUCUCUCCUUGAGCCUCACCGCUUCCCAGAGUUACAAUCUCUAAUAGCGAACAUCCUGCUCCUCCUUUCUAGACUAGUCUCUUUGUCCCUCUUGCAUGUUCAAGAGUCACGGAACAGAGUGUCUAAUGCUAUUGCGGUAAGCGUCACUGCUGACUUACGCACACAAUCGUAUGUUGCUGCUGGAGGCCCUAGUUGGCUCUCACAUACCAUUCUCUCCGAAGCACAAGCUAUGUGA